AUGAUUAAACCAAAUCAUCUUACAAAUAUAAGCAAAAGAAUAAAUGAGAUAUUUUUAGAAAGGAAUGAUAGGUGUGAGAAAAACUCAAGGGAAAUGAGAUUGAAGUUGGAUGGGAUUAUUGGUCACAAACUGUUACAACAAAUGAAGGGUGGUGGGAAGCUAAAAUUAAGUGUUAUAUCGCCGGUGACAUCUUCGACAUCACUUUCCGUUUCAUUUCCGGUUCAUCAACCACUGUAUGAUGCGCCGAUUUUGCCAAUAGAAGAGGAGGAAGAGAGCCAUUUUGAUGGCCACAGCAGAAACCCUAGAAAUGUCAGAGUGGAAGAAAGGACAUUCGAAAAUGUUGUGAUACAGGGUUUAUCUCUGAGAUUGAAUGCUUCUUCGCCAUCGCCAUCUCAUACUUGUUCAUCAUCUGCUUCACUCACUGAUAGCUCUUUUUCGUUACACUUGAAUUUGAAUUCGAACUCUUCUAUGUCAGUGCGUUUACUUCAUGAGAAACACCUUGGUUUAUGGGACAUGCUUUGA